AUGAGCGUUGUAAAACAUAUAUUUGAGCAUGACCAAGUGAGGCUUCUAAAUAACAUCGGCAAAUUUGCUGAAACGCUCUCAUCUUUGGGAUCCGUCCCAAGCAUUAAAAAGUUUAUCUUCGCCAAGUAUGGAACGAACUACAACAGGGUGAUAGAGAAUUACCGCAACAGCAGCGUUCUGGUUUUUCGCGCCAAUGAAUAUUUAAGAAAGUUAAUAGAGUCAAUAUCGGUUGUAUUUUGGAAGGGCCGCAAAUGGAAAGGCACCUACUGGCCAAGCAAAUGGAAAUGGUACCACCGACACGGCUACUGGGCCACUCGAAAGAAACUGCUCAGCUUCGACAAGUACAGGCCCUACAGGUAUCACGAAGUUAAGGGACACGGGAAGCCGAAGCUUCAAUUCUGGCAGGACCACUCGUAUUACAGGCCCCUCAAGCAGACAACGAAAUUUUGGUAA